AUGCGACCCUCUCUCUACCUUCGAGACACAAGUCGCAUCACCAGUCCAGGUACCCCCGUACCUCGACGGAGUCCUUUCUCGCCGACCUUCUGGGCUCUUGGGGAUCUCGGUCUGUGCAUUGUCCAUUCCUCGCUUCGAUCUGUUUUCACCCUCAGAGUCUCUGUGCCGCAAUACGGAUCGAAACAUCUUAUCCCUGGACCUGCGCCCAGUGUGGCUCCUUUUACACUCUUCCCAUCUCUAAACUGCAUCUUUCUCCACGAUCUCUCGCGUGCCCAGUAUCCCCUGUUGCUUCGUUUGGUCUUGGACGACUGUUUCCCCCUAUCCGACUGUCCCACCAAGCCCGUCGUGACUAACACCGAGUCUGCAGCUUCUGCUCCCUCAUCCGACUCAUUGGAUGCUUUCAUGCCCUUCAACAAAAGCGUCCACGAGAAGAUUGGACGAGUACCUCCGCCACCCAGCGUGGACACCAAAGCAGCCAGUAUGAGCACCGGCCUGGACGUGCCCACGGAGCGAGGUGCUAACGAGAGGACAGACCGCAGUUAUUACCGAGCUGGCCAGCUCACGCCGCACAGCCUUUCAAGUGGUUCCCGCAGUGUAUCACCACAGACGCCCGUCGGACGACCGGGCGGCGCACGGAACGACGACUACGCGGCACCCAGGAUCGCAGAUGACUAUGAUCCCGCCGUGCAGCAGCCGCGACGGCCUGGUGGUUACGGCGAGUUUGACGAGCCAAACGGCUACGGCGCGGAGCCCAUGUACCCGGCCAGCCCCAAGCUGGGUGGCCCGGACCUAUUGCAACGAAUGAACAGCAUCGCGCCCGGUCCUUUCGAGAUGAAGAGGAGAGCGGAGGCUCGGGCCGCGAGAGGUAGCAACGCGGGCGCGUCCGAAGAGGGCGGCAACGGCCCCGUACGAGCGCCCUUUCCUGAUGAGCGACCGGGAACGUCUGCUUCGAUGCGGUCCAACGGCAUGCCGCCUCCGCGGAUGCCUCGCAAGGACGGCUAUGGCGGCUUCGGGCCGCCGGAACGGCCGCAAGACGAGUUCGAACCUCGCCCCUUCGGCGGCCAGCGCGCUGGCACCUUUCCCCGACCGAGCGACCCGACGGAGCAGCCGCCGGCACGCGCCCCUUCAGCGCCCGGGCCGCGGCCAGACCGGCUGCGGAGUUCCUCGAGCAUCUCGGACGAGCCUCCUCUGCCCACGGAUCGACUUCGACGACCGUCCGCCGGCAUGGGCGCGGACACCUCGAGACCGCCGCCGCCGAGGACCAGCGUCGUCAGGCCCCGGACCGCAGGGCGCGACGGCGGCUCCGUGCCCGCGAUCAACCUGGCCGAGGAGUUCGGCAUCGGCAACCCGUACCACACGCCCUCCGAGUCCAUGUCGUCGAGCACCUCGAGCGUCAGCCGCCCCACCAACUCGUCGCAGUCGAGCCCGCCGCGGUCGGUCGCGUCGGACAGGUCCGGGCGCAAGCCCUCGGACACGUCGACCUUUGACACGCUCAUGUCGGACAUCCAGUCGUCGAUGGACGAGCUCAAGCCGUCCUCCCUGGACAGGCAGUUCUCUAGUAAUAGUAGCAGCCGGGACAGGUACGACCCGGCGGUGCAGGCCCCGCAGGGCCUGGGCCGCAACCGCCCCCGCUCCCCGCUCGCCUCGCCCAGCUGGGACUCGUCGUCGCCGUCCUCGGCGCGCAACGACCCCGCGGUCCAGGCGCCCAGCGCCGGCGGCGGCGGCAACCGCCAGCAGCAGCAGCAGCAGCAGCGCUCCCGCGGGGCCUGCAAGGCCUGCGGCGAGGCCAUCACGGGCAAGUCCAUCUCGAGCGCCGACGGCCGCCUGACGGGCCGCUACCACAAGGCGUGCUUCGUGUGCACGACGUGCCGGGCGCCCUUCGCGUCGGCCGAGUUCUACGUGCACGGCGACCGGCCCUACUGCGACCACCACUACCACGAGCGCAACGGCAGCCUGUGCGGCGGCUGCGACGGCGGCAUCGAGGGCCAGUACCUCGCCGACGAGGGCGACAAGAAGUACCACCCGGGCUGCUUCCGGUGCGGCGACUGCGGCGUCGUGCUCAACGACGGCUACUUUGAUGUCAGCGGCAGGGCCUACUGCGAGAAGGACGCCUGGAGGAGGGUGCAGCAGCCGUGGCUGAGCGGCGGCGGCGGCGGCGGCGGCGCUGGUCCUGGUCCUGGCCCUGGCCCCGGCCGCGGCAUGCCUCCUCCGCCCGGCCGGCGGAUGUCCCCCGCGCCCGGCGGCCCGCGCGGACCCGGAAUGGGCAUGGGCAUGGGCGGACUGCCGUCCCGGCCUGGCCUGCCCAUGGGCAACAGGCUCGCUGCGCCGAUGCCCCGCAUGGAGAAGCGCAUGACGCGCCUGGGGAUGAUGGGCUGA